UGAAGGUGGACGCACUUGUGAGGACUGGGAACCGGCGAGCGCACAUUGGCGGGCAUCUCCGGAGAUUUGAGUGUCCUGGGCUUUUUCUUCGUGAGAAUAGGGUUUCGGAGGGCCAUUCUGAUCCCGAGCUACAAUGGGGCGCUCUCGCGGAGAAACCAAUUCCGCAGGCAAAGAUUCGAGGCAGAGAUCAAAGAAGCGAAGAGCUGUGCCAGUCAAAGAAGAUGCUAAAACCUUAGACGCAGGAACUAAAGAAAGGAAGUAUCAUUGCAAUUACUGCAACAAGGACAUUUCCGGGAUGAUUCGCAUAAAGUGCGCGAUAUGUGCUGAUUUUGAUCUAUGUGUGGAAUGCUUUUCUGUGGGUGCUGAAGUCAGUCCACAUAAAAGCGAUCACCCUUACAGGGUUAUGGACAGCAAAUCAUUUCCCCUACUAUGUUCAGAUUGGAAUGCAGAUGAGGAAAUAUUGCUUCUAGAGGGUAUUGAUAUGUAUGGAUUGGGAAGCUGGGAAGAAAUUGCUGAGCAUGUUGCUACCAAGAAUAAGACACAAUGUAUCGAUCACUAUACAACAGCAUACAUGAACUCACCCUGCUUUCCUCUGCCGGACAUGUCUCAUGUCAAUGGGACAGCAAAAACUGAUCUUCUUGCAAUGGACAAUGUGCAAGGGAUUUUGGUGCCACAGAGUGCUAGUCCAAAAGAGGAAUCUUUAUUCUCGUCUUCAGGGAUCAAGAUUGAAAUUCCAAGUAGAGAAGCUCCAGCUGAACAAUACUCAAGCUCAACUGCCGGUGGAGACUGUACAAAUAUAUCUUCCACAGCUGCAAAUACGAGGGCUUCUAAUAUGUUAAAGUUUAAGAAUGAUUCUGGUGGAACUAGAGUGGAAAGUUCGACAUCAGCUGAAGGCACUCAUGGGGAUACAAGUUUUGGCGUAGAAAAGCCUAAAUAUCCUGGAGAUGAUGGGCUUUCUUUGAGUGAGUUGAGUGGCUACAAUCCCAAAAGACAGGAAUUUGAUCCUGAAUAUGAUGAUGACGCAGAAAAGGCACUGGCUGAUAUGAAAUUCAUGCCAAAUGACACUGAAAUUCAUCAUGAACUGAAGCUGCGAAUGCUACAUAUUUAUUGCUCAAGGCUUGAUGAGAGGAAACGAAGAAAGGAUUUCAUAUUGGAAAGAAACUUACUUCAUACUAUUCCAUUGGAGAAGGAACUCCCUGUUGAGGAUAGAGAAGUGUAUGAGCGGUAUAAGGUUUUCAUGCAUUAUCAGUCUCCAGAAGAACAUGAUGCCUUAGUCCAGAGUGUCAUUGAAGAGCGUAAACUUCGAAGAAGAAUUCAAGAGCUUCAGGAAUGUCGUGCUGCGGGAUGUCGUACCAUGGCAGAAGCAAAAGCAUACAUUGAGCAGAAGAAGUUAAGAGAAUUGGAAGCCAGCAUAAAUAAAACAAAGUCAGAUAGCCAAGUUUCUAGUAGUGGUAAAACACUUAGAGCAAAUGAACUCUCAAACAAAGAAGACGGGUUAUCCGAUGGAAGUCCACAAAACAUCAAUGAAGUGAAUGGUGGAUCAGGGUUGGAGCUUGAUAGGAAGGAUCCAUCUUCUGUGGCUACGAUGCAGGUCCCUUCAAAAUCAUUUGAUGCGUGGGAUGUCACUGGACUUCCUGGUGCAGACUUGCUAAGUGAAACUGAGCAAAGGUUAUGCUGUCAGUGCGGGUUACUGCCCUGUCACUAUCUUAAAAUUCAGGAGGUGUUGAUGAGUGAAAUAUACAAGGGUACCAUUGUGAAGAAAUCUGAUGCUUAUAGCUUCUUCAAGGUUGAUCCAAGCAAAAUAAAUAAGAUUUAUGAUAUGCUCUCCAAAUGGUCCAAAAGAUUACUGUACUAUCUAUCUUGUCUGACGGAGCCUCCAACAGGAAAUCUCUUGCCCAUGGAAUCUCUAGAAAGAACACUCAAGUGAAGUCCCAGGUGGCAUUCAAUCAAUUUCUCUGAGGCGUGCAAACUUUUCUGCAUUCCUAAUGAAGCUCUUAUUCAUUCUCCACUUCGUGAAGGUCACAACAUUGGUGAAGUUUUAUUUCUGUAAUAUCAUGGAAACUCUAUUACUUCUAUUUGAAAUGAUUAAAAUUUGAUAUAAGUUGCAUGCACAAAAUAGAACCGAGGGAGUCCUUGGUUUCUUUUGAACUUGGGGUUAGAUUGGAUAAAGAUCAGAUCUACAAACUCUGAACGUUACUGUUGGAUUUGAAUCUUUGUAGCAUCUUAUUAUAGAUAAUGAUGAGUGAUGUGUUCUACUUCAACAGUCAUA